AUGCUUCCAUCACCAACACCUCUAUCGGCAGGCCUGCUGCUUUUAGGUCUAUCCACAGCCGCUCAAGCACAAUACUACAAAAUUGAUACCAAAGAUGCGAUCAAAACCACCGCCAGCACGGUCGCGUACGAUCUAAUGCUCCUAUACGAAGGCAACAAGACGGGACAAAUACCUGGAAUCCUACCAGGGCCGCCAGCCGAUGGAAAGGGACCCUACUACUGGUGGCAGGGCGGUGCCAUGAUGGGCACAUACAUCGACUACUGGCACCUAACGGGCGAUACGAGCUACAACGACGUGGUCAUGCAGGGGAUCCUGCACCAGGUGGGCGAGAACCGCGACUUCAUGCCCCGGAACCACACGGCCUCGCUCGGAAACGACGACCAAGGAUUCUGGGGCAUGACGGCGAUGCUCGCCGCCGAGAACAAGUUCCCGGACCCCCCGGCCGACAAGCCGCAGUGGCUGGCCCUGGCGCAGGCCGUCUGGGCGACGCAGGCGGAUCCGAGCAGACACGAUGCGUACUGCGGCGGCGGGAUGCGAUGGCAGAUUCCCUUUGCCAACGCUGGUUACGAGUAUAAGAACACCAUCGCCAACGGCUGCUUCUUCAACAUUGGAUCGCGCCUGGCUCGAUACACCAAAAACGACACAUACGCGAAGCACGCGAGCGACACUUGGGACUGGCUCUGGAACGUCGGAUACAUCGAUCACGAGAACUGGCUGGUCUACGACGGCGGCCGGGUGCCGCACAACUGCACCGACAUCAACAAGCAGACAUACUCUUACAACGCCGCGAUCCUGACGCAGGGCGCGGCAUUCAUGUACAACUACACCAACGGGGAGAAGAAAUGGGGCGAGCGCGUCGACAAGCUGCUCGACUCGCUCCUGUCGCACUUCAUCAAGAACGACACGCUGUACGAGGUGCAGUGCGAGCCGCCCGGCGGCGUGUGCUCGCCCGACAUGCUGACCUUCAAGGGCUACGUGCACCGCUGGCUCGCCGUCACCGCGCAGGUCGCGCCGCACACGGCCUCCAAGAUCCUGCCCGCGCUGGCCAAGUCGGCCCAGGCCGCCGUCAACCAGUGCACCGGCCGCGAGACCGGCCGCACCUGCGGCUUCUACUGGAGCAGCGGCGCCUUCGUGGAUCCCACCGUGGGCAAGACGUCCGGCGCCGGCGAGUACAUGAACGUGCUGGCGGCCGUGUCGAGCCUGCUGAUCGGAGAGGCGAACGCGCCGGUGACCAACGAGACGGGCGGCACGAGCAAGGGCUCGCCGAACGGCGGGUUCUCGGGUGGUGACAACGGGCAGAGGCCGCCGAGGGCCAUCACGACGGCGGACAAGGCCGGCGCGGGCAUCAUCACGCUGAUGCUCGUCUUUGGGGCGCUGGCAACGUUUUUCUGGAUGGGCUUCAUGGACUGA